GUGACUUCACGUCGGAGUUUCGGUACCUUUAUAUUAAUUUUACUUAGUUUUGUUUAUUUAUGUUGUAUGAUUAUUUGGUGUCGUGUAUAUAAGUUCAUGAAAGUGUAACUUCAUGAAGAAGGUACGUUUUGAAUCUCCAGUUAAAACGCUAAGAAUCAACGCUAUGAAUUCAGAUUUUCACACAGAAUGCCAUUCUCCUCGGCCCUUUAUUAUGAAGCAAGUACAGUCUGCACCUUUAGUGGCUCCAAUGAACAAUUUAGGAAACCGACCAAUGCCCUUCACAAAUGAUCCUAUACAAAGGUUUGAAUGUGGGAAUUCGAUACCAUAUCCAUUAGUAAAUAAAACCUACUUAACACAUACAUCAAAUUCAGAGAACCACUGCUGUUCGCCUUCUAAUGAAUUGGACUUAAGCAUGCUUGACUGUACUUACAAUAAGCCGAGACAUAUACUCCCGAAGAAAAAUAUUGUGAAUUCGUACGAAAUCAACACAUUAAAAAGCAAUUUUAAAAUAAAUCCCAUGGUGGAAAAUAAAUCAACACGAACAUUGACUUCCAUGGAAAAUAAUAUUGCUACUAGUCCACCAAAUGUUUUAAGCAAAAAAGACGAUUUCUUCUUACGAAGAGAUAAUUUGAAUGAUAUUAAAAAAAUACAAAGUGAAUUUAAUAAUUUACAUUUAGAUAAAGAAAAUAACCCAUUAAUAAAGAAAAACGAAAUAAUGACAUUAGGAAUUCCUAUUUCAAAAAAGAUGGAUACUACAUUUACUCCAAAAUCCACAAACUCAACAAAUGAAAUCAAUCAUUUCUGUAAAUGUUAUCAUUGUGUUCACAUUUUAAAUACACAAGAUAAUAUUAAUCAAAUCAUGAAUGAUGAGCUCAAACAUCAACAUAUUGCUGAGAACCAUUAUAAAGUCUGUCAUUGUAGUGCACCUUCAUUUAAAAGGUAUCCAGAUUGUCAAUGUAAAAACUAUCUACCAAUGAACCAUACUUACUUUGCGCCUUCUUGUACCUGCAAUAAGACACCAGAGUUGCCCCAGAAUGGAGUUUCUAAAAAAAAUUGGACUAUAGAAAACUUUGAACAAAGUAAUAAACCUGUAUGCUUAGAUAUUGAAAAACAGGAUAAAAUUAUUAAAGAGAAAAGAGAACCUACUGUCGCUGAUUUAUUUAAAAUAAUAAAAUUGCAAAAUGAGCAAUUACAGCUACUACAAGAAAAAGUAGAUAAAUUUAUAUCUGCCAAUAAAACAUAUGAACCCCAAAAGAUCUCACAGCCCUUACAAAAUUUUGUCACUGAGCAUGUAGAAGUUAAAUCUAUUGGAACAGAGGAAAAGAUAUCAAUAGGAGUUAUGACUAGUUUUGAAAUGUAUAGAACUUCAACUAUAAUUAACAAAGAAAUAGUCAAGCAAAAUGAGGCACAGAUUCAAUGUAAUAGAUCCCAAAUUAGUAUAAAGGAGGUUGUAACAAAGGCACAUCCAGAGAAUUUAAAUUUUCUUGACGGCAUAGCUCCUGUUUCAAAUCAGACAGAUCCUAAUAUAAAUGGGAAUACUCAUCAAGAAAUAAUUGAUCUUACAAAAAAUACUGAGACGGGAUAUGUAGAUAAAACAUUCAAUGACAUGAGUUUGUUUAAUGUGCAAGUUGACAAUCCAAUCACUCCACUAAUGUCUCCAGAACAAAGCUUAUAUUUGGAUGUUAGAGAUUACAGCGAUUCUAAUACUAGCAGCGAUGACCAGUCUAAUGUAGGAUGGACAUACUAUAACAAAGUAAUGACUCAUGUUAAUGGCAUGUUACAAGAAUCUGAUAUGCCCUCUUCAGCGAGUGCUUUGUACAGGAAUAACAAACAAAAAUGUUUACAGAUGCAAAUAGACAAAACUAAUGUUAGUGUAGCCAAAAGAGUAACAUUUGGUGAUGAUCCACUCGGUUUUCCAAUGCCGCAACAACAAUUAGAUACUCCAACUGACACUAGCUUGAAAAUGAACCAGCUUGCAGCAAAGUAUUUAAAGAAAGGUCCACAGAUAUCGAAAAGUCCUUCUCCUAAGCCUGGUGCUGUGGAUAUGUCUCUAGCAACAAGGAACUACAUGGAAAAGCAUAAACUUUUACAAGGCAAUAAUAAAUAUCAAAAUGGACAGCUACAAAUGGAGAUACCAAAAUUCCUAGACAUAACAGCUUUGAAGCAACAACCAAAAUUUUUAUAAUUUUUGUUUAGUACUUUAAAUGUACUACUUUAAUUUGUUAAUAAAAUUUCGUCUUAUAUGUGGAAUAUUUGUAACACAAGUACCAAACGAUGUAAUUAUUGAUGGAACUUUUUUAUGCUCUAUGUAUUAAAAUAAUGUUAUGUACAACCGUAACAGGCUGUGAAUGUCCCACUGCUGGGCUAAAGGCCUCCUCUCCUCUUUUUGAGGAGAAGGUUUGGAGCUUAUUCCACCACGCUGCUCCAAUGCGGGUUGGUAGAAUUCACAUGUGGCAGAACUUCAGUGAAAUUAGACACAUGCAGGUUUCCUCACGAUGUUUUCCUUCACCGUAAAGCACGAGAUGAAUUAUAAUCACAAAUUAAGCACAUGAAAAUUCAGUGGUGCUUGCCCGGGUUUGAACCCACGAUCAUCGCUUAAGAUUCACGCGUUCUUACCACAGGGCCAUCUCGGCUUUUUUAUGUACAAAUGAAUUAUAUAUUGUAAAACAGACGUGUA